GGUGUGUCUGAGACUGAUCUAGUGGGUGUUUUAUUUUCUGUGACCUUUAGACUUGCAGACUUUAGACUUUUACACGUCACUUAAACACAAAAUCAGGAAACGGGAAUCACCUGAGUUCAGGGAAACUGAAGUGUAGUUGAGCUGUUGUGUGUUUGUGUCUCUGUAUUCAUGCAGUAAAAUGGCAGAAGCCAGAAUUUCAGUGGAUCAGAAUGAGUUCAUGUGUCCAGUGUGUCUGGAUCUCCUGAAGGAUCCAGUGACCACUUCCUGUGGACACAGUUACUGUAAGAUCUGUAUUACAGGUUGCUGGGAUCAGGAGGAUCAGAAGAGAGUCUACAGCUGUCCUCAGUGCAGACAGACCUUCAGUCCAAGACCUGCUUUAGCUAAAAACACAAUGCUGGCUGAAGUGGUGGAGAAACUGAAGAAGACUAACCUUCCUGCUGACUGUUACGCUGGAGCUGGAGAUGUGCAGUGUGACGUCUGUACUGGAAGAAAACACAAAGCCGUCAAGUCCUGUCUGGUGUGUCUGGAGUCUUACUGUGAGAAUCACCUUGAACAACAUGAGAGUUGGUUUAAAGAAAAGAGACACAAUCUGACUGAUGCCACUGGACGACUGCAGGAGAUGAUCUGCCAGAAACACGACAAGAUCCUCGAGGUUUUCUGCUGCACUGAUCAGAAGUGUAUAUGUGUGCUGUGUAUGAUAGAUGAACAUAAAAACCACAACACUGUAUCAGCUGCAGCACAGAGGACAGAGAAACAGCACCAGCUGAAGGAGACGCAGAGAUUGUUCCAGCAGAGGAUCCAGCAGAGAGAGAAAGAUCUUCAGCAGCUGAGAGAGGCUGUGGAGUCUCAUAAGCGCUCUGCACAGACAGCAGUGGAGGACAGUGAGAGGAUCUUCACUGAGCUCAUCCGCUCCAUUGAGAGAAGAGAUCAGGAAAAGGCUGCAACGAGUCGAGCUGAAGGACGACUGGAGCGACUGGAGCAGGAGAUCAAUGAUCUGAGGAGGAGAGACGCUGAGCUGGAGCAGCUUUCACACACACAGGAUCACAUCCAUUUCCUGCAGAGUUUCCAGUCUCUCUCAGCUCCUCCUGAAUCUACAAAUGUAAAUGAUGAUCCCUUCAUUUCUCUCUCCUCUUUUGAUGGCGUGAGAGAAUCUGUCCGUCAGCUGAAAGACAAACUGGAGGAUUUCUUCAAAGAGGAGCUCAAGAAGAUUUCUGACAGAGUCUCUUUCACCAACAUUGUUCCCAGGACCAGGAACGACUUCCUACAAUAUUCCCAUCAGCUCACUCUGGAUCUGAACACAGUAAAUAAACACCUCCGUCUGUCUGAGAGGAACAGAGUGAUUACUGGCACUAACAAAAAGCAGCCGUAUCCUGAUCAUCCAGACAGAUUUGAUUAUUAUGAUCAGGUGUUGUGUAGAGAGAGUGUGUGUGAUCGACGCUCUUACUGGGAGAUUGAGUGGAGUGGUGAUGUGGAUAUAUCAGUGUCAUAUAAGAGCAUCAGCAGGAAGGGAGGGGGUGUUGAGUGUGUGUUUGGAUAUAAUCAUCAGUCCUGGAGUUUGUACUGUUCUUCCUCCAGUUACAUAUUCUAUUACAAUAACAUAAAGACUAAACUCCCUGUAAAGUCCAUCAGCAGUAGAAUAGGAGUGUAUGUGGAUCACAGUGCAGGAACUCUGUCCUUCUACAGCGUCUCUGAAGACACAAUGAGCCUCAUCCACACAGUCCAGACCACAUUCACUCAACCGCUCUAUCCUGGGUUUAGUGUUGGUUCUGGAUCAUCAGUGAAACUGUGUUGAUGAAUCAGAAUAUAUGAGGAUCUCUCUACAGUCUAGACAGCAAGAUCAGUGUGUGUUUGCGAGUCAUGAUGAGUGACGGUGUGUAUCUGUGCUUUUCUCAACCUCUGUUUGUGUUGAUGGAAAUCAGUCAUUCGGUCCUUUUUGUAAAAAAUCAUUUUCAUUAUUACUGUCAAAAUGACCUUUCAUUAAAAUGUAUUGUUCAAUAAAGUGUAAUAGUGUAAUAUUAAUAUGAUAUAAUAUGAAGUGUAAUAUUUCAAUAGAGGAUGACAAAAUGUCUCAUGAGCUUCUUCUAGCAGCGCAUUCAUAGAUGAGACCCUAUACCAUGACAUUUGUCCUUUUGUCAGUAUUUCUACAUGUUAAAGAAACCUUCUGUACCUAAAAAUAUUUUAACUUAUGUUUUUGAUCUUAUAUUUGUUGUGUGUAAUUUGCUGCUUUGUUCUUUUAUUUAAUAACAAAAAUAAAAUAA